AUGGACCACCUGAAGAAUAUCUCGCCCAUUGACGGGCGGUACAAAAAGUCGUGCAGCGAAAUUUCGGCCUUCUUCUCCGAGUACGCGUUGAUAAAGCAUCGGAUCAUUGUAGAGGUGAGAUGGCUGCUGUUCCUGAAUGAGAAGGAGCUCUUCUUCAAGAAGGUGAGUGCCCAGUCGGUAGAGGAGCUAAACCAGAUCGAAACAAACAUAACGGACAGCGACAUAGCACGAGUGAAAGAGAUAGAAGAGGAAACGAAUCAUGAUGUAAAAGCAGUAGAAUAUUUCGUAAAGGAAAAAUUGAGUAAAUCGGGAAGGGAAGACUUGGUAAAGAUAAAAGAAUAUGUGCACUACUUGUGCACGAGUGAGGACAUCAACAAUGUAGCUUAUGCGAUGUGUCUGAAGGUAUGUUUACAAGAUAUAAUAAUCCCAUGCAUGGAGAAAAUAAUGCUCAAAUUAAAGGAGCUAGCUGUGGAGUACUCCGAUGUGCCCCUUCUAUCGAGGACACAUGGGCAGCCUGCAUCUUCCACCACCUUUGGAAAAGAAAUGGCAAAUUUUUAUUCAAGGAUACACCACCACGUAGAGGUCAUUAGAGGGGUGAAAAUAUAUGCAAAGUUUAAUGGAGCUGUGGGGAAUUUUAAUGCGCAUAAAGUGGUGAGCAAAAAUACCGACUGGAUAGGUCAUAUUAAAAUAUUUUUGCAGAAAUAUUUUGACUUAACAUAUGGUUUGUAUUGCACACAGAUUCAGGAUCAUGAUUAUAUAUGCGAAGUGUGUGAUGGUCUGGCUCGAGCAAAUGCUACACUCAUUGACCUCUGUGUAGAUAUUUGGUUAUACAUUUCGAAUAACUUAUUGAAGCUUAAGUUGAAAGACAAAGAAGUUGGAAGUAGCACCAUGCCACAUAAAGUUAACCCAAUUGAUUUUGAAAAUGCAGAAGGUAAUUUACACGUUGCGAAUGCUUUCUUAAAACUGUUUAGUUCGAAAUUACCAACGAGCAGAUUGCAGAGGGAUCUGUCUGACUCCACGGUGUUACGAAAUAUUGGAAGCUCUCUAGCAUAUUGUCUCAUUGCUUACAAAUCUGUGUUAAAGGGACUGAACAAAAUGGACCUCGAUAGGAGAAAGCUAGAAGAGGAACUUAAUGAAAACUGGUCCACUCUCGCAGAACCCAUACAGAUCAUGAUGAAACGAUUCAACUAUGUAGAUGCAUAUGAAGAACUCAAACAAUUCACAAGAGGGAAAAUUGUGGAUAAAGAAAUUAUGCAAGAAUUUAUUAAAACUAAAUGUAACUUUCUCCCCCAGGAUGUCGUGGACCAAUUGUUGCAGUUAACUCCAGCGACGUAUACUGGGUACGCUGAUUAUUUGGCCAAGAAUGUGGAGCGGCUGUCGGGGCAGCUCGACUGA